AAAAACUAAAAGCAAAGAAUGUUUGGAUCAUCUUAUAUGUUUGAGUUGUCUUACAUUUUUCUGAUUUAUAUCCUAAUGAUAUGCUUAGAACAUGAUGGAUUCUCUAUCUUAAAAUGAGAAAACUAAUAUUUAAUGAAGUAACUUGGUUAGUAACUUGGCUAGUCAGUGGAAAUUUGAAUCCAUAAAUCACAUCUCCUGAUUCUAAGUUCAGUGUUCUUUUUACUACACAAUGCUGCCUGCCUAGAAUUGAGUAUGGCAUUUCUUUUCUUUGGCAUGCAGCUUUUGGAGGGGAAUACCAGACAGCCUGAUAUCCAUGUUUUAGGUAUGUGACCUGUGUGGUUCCAAGCAGAUAGAUUAUACACACUCAUGUACAACUGUCACUUGCUCAGGCCAAACCAUAUAAGAUUGAUCCAAAACCCAUGAGAAAAGGGAAGGACAAAUAAAUUUACAGUAGAACAGCAUUGGACAAUUUACUGCUUAGACUGAAUUGUGUGUGGGUAGUCACCAAUUAAAGGAAUCUCCUUUCUCUUGGAAGCCUUCUAGAAUGGAUACAGAGAUCUCUCUGAAGGGAAAGAGAAACAUAGUUUUUCAUGUUAUAUUUGGACAUAAGUAGGGUCCAGUUGCCGAUUUUGCCCUCUGAAGCUUUUUUUCAUUCUUAUCCUUUUUGAAGAGAGGUCUUGUUCUUUCCUGAAGUAGAGUAGUGGUAUGAUCUAUGACAUAGGCCCUAAAAAAGCAAUUAAUGACCUCAACUGUGUGAUUUACAAAGGUACAAAUCUGGGCUGGGAGUCAGAGGUAUGGAUUUGGGUACUAGGAUCUGAACUUCUGUUAUGAUGUGUUACUUUUAAGCAUGAAUGUUUUGGGUGGGCACAAGCUAAGGAGAGCGAUUGUCAUGACCUAUCUUUCCCAUAGCCAUAUCCAUGCAGAGAGGAGUUUCUUGGUGAUCAGGUAGAGAAACCAUGCACAAAGCGAACUGCAGUCCUAAAGAAGCAAGUAGAGUACAAUUAGGCAGAAGGAAAAAAAAAGGAAAACAUUCAUAAAAGCUCUUGCAAAUUGUUAAAUGCCUUGUGGUCUCUGAAAAGUAUUGGUUCUCCUGAUUCUGCACUUUCUCUGCCAUCGAAGUAAGAGGUCAGUGCUUUUCAUUUCCAGCUAGCAUGUUAGUUACCCUACCUCCUGGGGUUAAACAUCUCUGCAGUGACCUGUCAGAGAGUUGAUUAUUAGCUGUAUAAGCCAAGGAGCAGAUGGGAAGUGGUUUGGCUGCUGCAGCCAGGCUGAUUAAAGGAUCAUUGGCAGUUUUACAGUGUAUCUUUGGAAAUGUACCACCAAAGUUACUAUAAAGCCUGCUGGGUUUGGAAAGCUGAAUUUCUGAAAAGUCAUCUGCUUGAAAAGUAGUACUUAUGAAAACUCACUCUUACACUCUCAAAAAUAGGAGUACAGGGACUCUCUUAGAGCUAACAUCAAGAUCACGGAAGAUCAGUCCUCAGGAUGUGUUUUCUUUGCAUCCUGCUUAUUCAGAAAUUCUUGGUAGUUUUCAGAAAACUAGUAGAGAAAGCACUUUUUGAUAGAUACAUUAAUAAAAUUAUAGAUUAAAAAAGGCCCCAAGCAAGUCUAGACUAACCCUACAACACAUAGGGGAAAAUUUGUGUAUUUGCUUGACUGGUAUUAUGCUUUUCUGCUCAAAUGCUUUCAGUGAUAAAGAUAUGAUUUCAUUAAACAUUAUGGUCAUUGUUAGAAAUCUCAGGAUAUUAACGUUUUUCCUGAGUUUAACAUCUGUCUUACUGUAACUUCUACUUACUGAUCCUAUUUCUACCUGCUGCAUCAUAGAAUAACUUAGCUCUUCCACAUUGCAACCAUUGUAUAUUUGAAGCUAACCAGUCUGUCUCUCUUCAAUGUUCUCCUUUCCAGACUGAAGAAUCCCAGUUUUUGAGACUUUUCCUCAUAUAAAAUGACUUCCCAGACUUUUACCAUACUAUGCUUUCUAGGACAACCUUUCAUUUAAUGACUAUCUCACUUAAGAUGUGGCAUCUGGAAAUUAGCACAGACCAUCAGAUGUUCUUUUCAUCUUCUGCUACUUUUUAGAAAAAGUACAAUUUAAAAAAAUGUAAUGGCAAUAGUAUUUGCUUACCAGAAGAAAACCCAAAAAACAAAACAAUUUUCCAUGACAUAUGGAAUUGGAACAAGAGGAAUUUGACAAUGAUGUUGUCCACUGGGCAUGUACUGACCAAUGUGGCAGGUCUGAGAACAUAGCUGAAGCUGAAAAUAGGAAAGCUGGGGGCAAGGAAGAGCCUUGAAUCUUGAGGUGGGACGUUGACUCUAAGAUGUCCUUGAGCAGUGGAGCCUCCGGAGGGAAAGGAGUGGAUGCAAACCCGGUUGAGACAUACGACAGUGGGGAUGAAUGGGACAUUGGAGUAGGGAAUCUCAUCAUUGACCUGGACGCCGAUCUGGAAAAGGACCAGCAGAAACUGGAAAUGUCAGGCUCAAAGGAGGUGGGGAUACCGGCUCCCAAUGCUGUGGCCACACUACCAGACAACAUCAAGUUUGUGACCCCAGUGCCAGGUCCUCAAGGGAAGGAAGGCAAAUCAAAAUCCAAAAGGAAUAAGAGUGGCAAAGACACUAGCAAACCCACUCCAGGGACUUCCCUGUUCACUCCAAGUGAGGGGGCAGCUAGCAAGAAAGAGGUGCAGGGGCGCUCAGGAGAUGGUGCCAAUGCAGGAGGCCUGGUUGCUGCAAUUGCUCCCAAGGGCUCAGAGAAGGCGGCUAAGGCAUCCCGCAGUGUAGCCGGCUCCAAAAAGGAAAAGGAGAACAGCUCGUCUAAGAGCAAGAAGGAGAGAAGCGAAGGAGUGGGGACUUGUUCAGAAAAGGAUCCUGGGGUCCUCCAGCCAGUUCCCUUGGGAGGACGGGGUGGUCAGUAUGAUGGAAGUGCAGGGGUGGAUACAGGAGCUGUGGAGCCACUUGGGAGUAUAGCUAUUGAGCCUGGGGCAGCGCUCAAUCCUUUGGGAGCUAAACCGGAGCCAGAGGAAGGGGAGAAUGAGUGUCGUCCGCUAAAGAAAGUCAAGUCUGAAAAGAUGGAGUCCCCUGUCUCCACACCAGCGGUGCUGCCACUGCACCUUUUGGUGCCAGUGGUCAAUAAUGACAUCUCAUCUCCCUGUGAGCAGAUCAUGGUUCGUACCCGAUCAGUCGGGGUCAACACGUGUGAUGUGGCUCUAGCUACAGAGCCUGAGUGCCUGGGCCCUUGUGAACCUGGAACCAGUGUCAACCUCGAAGGCAUCGUGUGGCAGGAAACAGAAGAUGGGAUGUUAGUGGUCAAUGUAACAUGGAGGAACAAGACAUAUGUAGGUACACUUCUUGACUGCACGCGGCAUGAUUGGGCACCCCCAAGGUUCUGUGACUCCCCCACUAGUGACUUGGAAAUGCGUAACGGUCGGGGUAGAGGCAAACGCAUGCGUCCCAACAGUAACACGCCUGUCAACGAGACAUCCACAGCCUCCGACAGCAAAGGAACCGGCAGCAGCAGCAAAACCCGAGCAGGGACCAAUAGCAAAGGCCGUCGCGGCAGCCAGAAUUCUUCAGAGCAUCGCCCACCUGCCAGCAGCACCUCUGAGGAUGUCAAGGCCAGCCCUUCCUCAGCUAACAAGCGGAAAAACAAACCCCUUUCAGACAUGGAGCUGAAUUCUAGCUCGGAGGACUCCAAAGGGAGCAAACGUGUCCGUACGAAUUCUAUGGGCUCAGCCACUGGCCCCCUUCCUGGGACCAAGGUGGAACCCACUGUUCUGGACAGAAAUUGUCCCUCCCCAGUCCUGAUUGACUGUCCCCACCCAAACUGCAACAAGAAGUACAAGCACAUCAAUGGACUUAAGUACCACCAAGCUCAUGCCCAUACAGAUGAUGACAGUAAACCAGAAGCAGAUGGAGACAGUGAGUAUGGAGAGGAGCCCACGCUCCAUGCAGACCUUGGGAGCUGCAACGGUGCAUCUGUCGCACAAAAAGGUUCCUUGUCCCCUGCCCGUUCAGCUACCCCCAAAGUUCGCCUUGUAGAGCCCCAUAGCCCUUCUCCUUCAAGCAAAUUCAGCACAAAAGGCCUCUGUAAGAAAAAGUUGAGUGGGGAAGGGGACACAGAUCUUGGGGCCUUAUCCAAUGAUGGCUCUGAUGAUGGACCCUCAGUAAUGGAUGAAACAAGCAAUGAUGCCUUUGAUUCUUUGGAAAGGAAAUGUAUGGAAAAAGAAAAAUGUAAAAAACCCUCUAGUUUGAAACCUGACAAGAUUCCUUCCAAGAGCUUAAAGUCAGCCCGGCCCAUUGCCCCUGCCAUCCCCCCACAGCAAAUCUAUACCUUCCAGACGGCCACCUUCACAGCAGCAAGCCCAGGCUCCUCCUCAGGCUUGACCACCACAGUGGUCCAAGCCAUGCCCAACAGUCCCCAGCUCAAGCCCAUUCAGCCCAAGCCCACUGUUAUGGGAGAACCCUUCACAGUCAACCCUGCCUUGACUCCAGCCAAGGACAAGAAAAAGAAAGACAAAAAAAAGAAGGACUCUUCCAAGGAACUUGAAAGUCCUCUGACCCCUGGGAAGGUGUGUCGAGCAGAAGAAGGCAAAAGCCCAUUCAGGGAAUCAUCAGGAGAUGGGAUGAAAAUGGAGGGGCUCCUGAAUGGCUCGUCAGACCCGCACCAAAGCCGACUGGCUAGCAUCAAGGCUGAAGCUGACAAGAUCUACAGCUUCACGGACAAUGCCCCCAGCCCUUCCAUUGGAGGCAGUAGCCGCCUAGAUAGCACGACCCCGACCCAGCCCCUGACUCCCUUACAUGUGGUCACCCAGAAUGGAGCUGAAGCCAGCUCAGUCAAAACCAACAGCCCUGCGUACUCUGACAUCUCUGAUGCUGGGGAGGACGGGGAGGGCAAGGUGGACAGUGUCAAAUCAAAGGACCCUGAACAGUUGGUUAAGGAAGGGGCUAAGAAAACUCUUUUCCCCCCUCAGCCACAGAGCAAAGACUCACCGUACUACCAAGGCUUUGAGAGCUACUACUCUCCCAGUUACGCACAGUCCAGCCCAGGGGCUCUGAACCCCAGCAGCCAGACAGGGGUGGAGAGCCAGGCCCUGAAGACAAAAAAGGAUGAGGAGCCAGAGAGCAUAGAGGGGAAAGCGAAGAACGACGUCUGUGAGGAGAAGAAACCCGAGCUGAGCAGUUCCAGCCAGCAGCCUUCUGUCAUCCAGCAGCGUCCCAACAUGUACAUGCAGUCCCUGUACUACAACCAGUACGCCUACGUGCCCCCCUACGGCUACAGCGACCAGAGUUACCACACCCACCUCCUGAGCACCAACACCGCCUACCGGCAGCAGUAUGAAGAGCAGCAGAAGCGGCAGAGCUUGGAGCAGCAGCCGCGGGGCCUGGACAAGAAAGCAGAGAUGGGCCUGAAGGAGCGGGAGGCAGCACUCAAGGAGGAGUGGAAGCAAAAGCCGUCAAUUCCACCAACUCUCACCAAAGCCCCCAGCCUGACAGACCUCGUGAAGUCAGGGCCCGGCAAGGCCAAGGAGCCUGGGGCUGACACUGCCAAAUCAGUCAUCAUUCCCAAGUUAGAUGACUCUUCAAAACUCCCCAGCCAGGCCCCUGAAGGCCUUAAAGUGAAGCUGAGUGAGGCCAGCCACCUAGGCAAGGAGGCCUCUGAGGCCAAGACGGGCCCUGAGUGUGGCCGACAGUCAGAGGUGGAUCCGAUACUCUGGUACCGACAGGAGGCAGAACCCCGGAUGUGGACAUAUGUUUAUCCUGCCAAGUACUCAGACAUCAAGUCAGAGGAUGAGCGGUGGAAAGAGGAGCGGGACCGCAAAUUGAAGGAGGAAAGGAGUCGAAGUAAGGACUCUGUCCCCAAGGAAGACGGGAAGGAAAGCACAAGUAGUGACUGCAAGCUGCCCACAUCUGAGGAGUCCCGCCUUGGGAGCAAGGAGCCCCGACCAAGUGUACAUGUGCCUGUGUCCUCCCCCCUCACCCAGCACCAGUCCUACAUCCCCUACAUGCACGGCUACUCCUACAGCCAGUCCUAUGACCCCAACCACCCCAGCUACCGCGGCAUGCCUGCUGUGAUGAUGCAGAACUACCCAGGUUCCUACUUGCCUUCCAGCUACUCUUUCUCCCCAUAUGGCAGCAAGGUCUCGGGUGGUGAGGAUGCUGACAAGGCACGAGCCAGCCCCAGUGUCAGUUGUAAAUCCAGCUCAGAGUCCAAAGCCUUGGACAUCUUGCAGCAGCAUGCCAGUCACUACAAGAGCAAGUCUCCCACGAUAAGUGAUAAAACUUCUCAGGAGAGAGAUCGGGGAGGCUGUGGGGUGGUUGGGGGUGGUGGCAGCUGUAGCAGCGUUGGGGGAGCAGGUGGGGGUGAACGGAGUGUCGACCGGCCCCGCACCUCCCCUUCCCAGCGCCUGAUGUCUACACACCACCACCACCACCACUUGGGGUACUCAUUGCUCCCGGCGCAGUACAACUUACCCUACGCAGCAGGGCUUUCUUCCACAGCCAUUGUUGCCAGCCAGCAAGGCGCAACCCCUUCCCUCUACCCACCCCCCAGGAGGUGAGAAUGAACACCAAGUGCCCAGAUAAAGUCAGCUUCACGGGCCCAGACUGGCUCGCCCAAGGAGGUGCUGGAGGUGCCAUUUAGACAUCAGUUAAAUGGUGUUGAUCAUCCUGUUUGCCGUUCCCACCACAACCGAAGGCAGACCCUCGGCUGUCGCGCCUCCACCAGACCUCUGGACUCCCUGACCCUCCCUCUUCUGCAGGAGCUGGAGAGCUGGUACUUAGCAAAAAUAUUUAUUCUCUUGGCCACAGUCAUGACUGUUGUGGCCUCUGUGGAGAUGAAGGCACGGGGAGGAACUAGGGGAACAUGGCCUCAGCCCAGAGAAGUCACUGCUCUGUUCCCCGAGCCCCUGGUCUGCUGCCGGAGCAGUACCUCCCCACCCCACCAGGGAGGGCCCACACACACUGGGUCAGGUCUGAAGACAGCACAGCAGCCAUACCCCUCUCACCAUCAUCACACCGUCACCAGACUCUGCGUCUCCCAGUGGUUCGCAUGCUGGGAACUGGCAGCACGUGAGGAAUUAGAAUCUCAGGAAAGAAAUUGGGGGCUGUUUUCUACAUAGUUGUGAAAACAAGGUCUUCAAACGUGGAGACUUGUCCCCUUUUACAUGAGCACAUAUAAACGCUCAGAGCCUAGCCUGGAAGGGAAGACCAAGGCAUCUGCCCCACCAUGGCCUUGUGCUGCCUGUCAGGCAGAGGGCAGGGCUUCCAGCACCAGCAUAGGAAUCCCAGGGACACUGGGAGGCAGCUGGAGCUGGAGCACGAAUGGAGUCUGUGAAGUAGAACCUGCAUCCCACUCAGUCCUGCUGCUUCUUACCCCCAACUCCUUGCCCUUUUCUCUUCCAUCCUGACCCCUUGGUGCCUUUCCCAGGGGUUCCCCACACUGGUCUCACCUCUGUUUCACUGCUUGGCUCUUAAGACUCAGGCAGAUAAAAUAGUACUCCCCGAGCCUGGGGAGCCUGCCAGGAGUCUGCCAGGUCACCUUAGGGCAAGGCCCAGAAGGCAGGCCCCAGGAGCACCCAGCAGUUCUUGGAGAUGCCCUGUCCAUUCAGCCAUCUAGUAUCUUCCUCAUUUAGGGCCACAAACAUAUACAGUCUAAUUCCUCUGUCUAUAAGUACAUGAUUUUAUAUAGCUCAAUCUAUAACCUCCGUGUGUGCCAAUAUAAGCUGUGUUUCUUUGUAACACACAUUUUUGUUUUGGGGGCCACUGGCCAUGGGAAGUUAUUUGUUCCUCAGACCCUGGGUUAACACAUCCAAGCCAUUACUCGUCAGAGCACAGAGUGUACUCAAGGGAGCUGUACUUUGAGGCAGCAGACAUUUCUCUGCUCUCCUUUGACAGGCAGUCUCCCAAUCAAAGCUUUAUGCUCUUUGCACUGGGAAAGUGAUGAUGAUUUGGUAGCUUUAUUGGAGUCAUUUCUUCCACAAGGUGUGGGGAGCGUUAGCUCUUACUUUGCUUUUGAGGUAUCAUCUCUUUGUUCUCUUCCCCGCCCAUCUUUCUUUGACCCUCUGAAUUGAGAGAGAUAACGACUGACAGAUAUCAGCCUAGACUGGAGUAGGGUGUUUGUGACCAGAGUGCCAAAGAGCAGGAAUUUUGCUCUGACUCAAUUUGGAAAAUGGGAGGUAGGGGACAGUAAGCACAAUGCCCAGUAGGGGUUGGUUUCCAAGAACCCUAGAGCCCUACACAUAGAUAGGCUUAGGGUCACAUGCCCAUGAGGAGCCCCUCUGACCUACAGACCUUUCCCCUAAGUUUCCAUGUCCUUGUUUUUGUUCAAGUUGAGUUUUGAGCUCUCCCCAAAAACCCACUGUUUUAGACCCUUGGCAGCCUCCCUCAUACCCAUCCUUCCCUCUGCCUCCUGCUGCCCCCACGGGCAGUGCUCUGAGCAGUGACUUCCCUGUCAUUCAUGGAAGUAGCUGGUGUGAACAACUUCACCCCACCUAACCUGAGUCACCCCUACCAAGAGGGUGACUGAAUUUAAGCCUGAUUAUGCCCUCCUGGGCUCCUGUCGGGUAGAGCCAAGGGCCCACCUCUGUUCCUGUUUGUUUUGAAAUAUUGUUGUGUGUUUUGUAUCUGUGGCGCUGCCUACAGCGUACUCUGUACAUAUUGUAAAGAAACCGUUGGAGUAAUUUUCUUUCUCAUUAGGCAGGCACGGCCCGCAUUCCUGCCCCUUCCACUUCGUUCUGUAACAGAGAGGAGGAACUUCUGUGUUAGCUGGGCAGCCCUGGUUCUGCAGAAGGGUGCAGCCUUUUCUUUUCCUUUUUUUUUUCCUCAAAAAAACACUUGGCUCUUUGAUUCUUAAAUCCAUGUCUCCCUUAAAGAGUGGGAGCUGCCCAGAAGAGCAAGCAGACACAGCAAUGGCAGAGUAGCAAUGCCUUCUCCUGGUCCCCGCAAAUUACAUGAAGCAGCAGCAGUGGAGCCCCUUGACAAGUGCUGAGAACGAUCUGCUCUGCACCUCCACGCCUGCUACAUGGGAAGGAGAAACAUAGGUGGGCACUACCUGUAGGACCUAUACCCUGGCCAGAGGUAUGAGACCCUCAGCAAGGCUCACCACCCCACAGGCAAAGGCUGGAGGAGUUUGCUGCUAAGGGCCCAGACGACCAGACCAAGCCUGUCUCCGGGCCCUGCCUCACUCACUGGGCUCCCCGAAGAGACAAAGCUAAAGAGCCUCAUCCCCAGGUAGGACAGGCAAGGCAUGGAGAGCUCUCUUUAGGAUUCCUAUCUCCUUCUUCCUUAUUUGAAGGUAUGCCAGUCCCCUUGAUCCCGUUUUCCUGCCUUGUACAUGUAUGUGUACAUGUAUGAAAUUUCCUUAUUUUACCCCACUCUUUCCACACAUCUCAAAGAACCACACGCAGAAGGGUAAGAGGGCACCCUGUGAAAUGAAAUGAUUUCUUGAAUCUCUUCUCUCCAAGUUCCAAGGGGCGUGGGAGGACUUAGCUUAGGGAGUUGGGAUCUAAGACUGCAGAAGGGCUAGAGAAUAAUACUGUAUACAGGCUUUGAGGCCACUCACGUCACUUACUAUCCCGUAUACCCUAUCGCCAUCCCGUUGUCUACUCUGAUGCCCCCAAGAUUCAACUGCGCAGCUAGUUGGCCCCAUAAUUCUGGGCCUUUGUCGUUUGUUUUAUUACUAGGGCAUCCCAGGAAGCUUUCCAGUGAUCCCCUACCAUAGGCCCCUCCUGGGAUCAAGCCCCUCCCAGGCCCUGUCCCCAGCCCCUCCUGCCCCAGCCCACCCGCUUGCCUUGGUGCUCAGCCCCCCCAUUGGGAGCAGGUUGGGGCGAGCUGGAGGCCCGGGCUGGAGGGGCAGUGUUGCUGUUCAUAGCUUUUGUUCCUUUGGCGUUGCUCUGUUGGAUUUAAUUUCAGUCUUCCUGAUUCUUCCCUUCUGUAAAGUGUACAUUACCAAGUUCCUUGUUUUUUUAUAUAUAUAUAUAAAUAUAUAUAUAUACAAACUGUACUCUUUUUGCCUUUGUACAUUCAGGCAAGAAGAGAAAAUAAAUCUUUUUAAGAGACAAUCACAAAUCUGUGAGGGCUGCUGGUUAUUUCUCCUGGAGUUUGCUGCUGAGCUGCCUCCUCCUUCUUCCCAACUUUUCUGUUCUCCCUCAGCUUUCCUGAUCCUCCCGGGCCUGCUCCAUAUGCAUCCUCAGCUUCACAAACUUCCCCGGCUGGCGGCAAGCUGUCGAAUCCCGUGUCCAGACUACCUGCCCUGUAGCCCUUUUCUGCCCAGCACUGUUUACCGGCUUGGCCACUGACUUAGCCCAGGAGCUUUAUCCUGCACCCUGGCCUCUCCUCUCUUCACCCUUAGAUCCUGUUCACCGAAGUGGCUUUGGACCCCGGGUGCUCUAUACACUCACCUGUGAAACUAUGCAGCUGGGAGCUCUCUGCCUAAGAGUUUGCACUAUUUAAACCUGCCUGGGAGUUAGGACGGAUGGUUUGAGGAAUGAGUGGGAAACUUCCCCCAGUAUUGCCCCCCACAUGCCAUCCUCCAGGGGGCUCUGACUCACAGCCCAGAGGAUCCUUCCUGGCUGGUGGACUCCUGUGGCUGCCCCAUCCGAACAAGGGCUAAGGGUUUAUGGGUCAAGAGCAAUUUGAUCAGAAUUUCAAAGGGUGGUACAUUCUGAAAUAGCCCAACCAAACUAUUGUUUGGCCUCUUUCUCCUUUUCUCCUCUUUUUCCCCUUUCUCUCUACUUCCUCUUCUUAAUUGGCUUUGGAAUUGAAAUAUAUUUUUAAAUUAUUUGUUGUAUUUAUUGAAUAAAGUUUUUAAUGUCCCUGUUCUUAAA